GUCCGCUGUGUAGGAAUUUCUCCGCGUCUCUGCCCAUGCUAAAAACAAUCCAUCUUCGUCUUUGCCUUUAGUUUUAAGAAGUUAACUAACUGCAUUUCAGUAAUAUGCAAAGUUAGGGACAUAUUGCAGUCAUACGCGCGAUGUUUUUAAAACUGUGCCACCGCUAAUACUCCAUUUACUGAAUUAUGCCGAGGUUGACAUUGCUACUGUUGGAUUCGCUAACUGACUUAAUUUCGCCGCAGUGUCUUUAUUGAACGUAGCGUGGCAUCGUUUCCCCGACACUGGGGGGAGAAUCUCGUAUAGGGAAAACCCCAUUGAUGUAAACAUGUGCUGUGUAAUCAACGAUAAAUUCGUCUUGUGCUCUUACCGGUUGUAAAAGUCUAGUCGUUUUUAUGUACAGAUUUUUCUCAACAAACAUAUACAACGUAUGAUUUUCAAAGAACAAGCAUGUAGUGGAUGAUAUAUACACAUAAAUUACAUUACUUUUGUGUAUUCAAAGUGUCGAUUACAACUGUAGAACGUUUUUUAAAAGUUGCCUCACGACAUGGGGACAGCAAUGCUAACGAAUCGUUAUGUCGAUGAUAUUAUUCAUAUAAUAUUCUCGGUAGAAAAAAUAUCGAAGGAUAAAAAAUACAAAGAGCAGAAAAAAAUGGAAAUUGUUAAUACAAUCUGCGCCUUGUUCAAUAGCAAUGGCGGAAGAGUGGAACUUCGUGGUGAAGAAACGGAAGGUAACUUGUUCUCCCAUACGAUAUCCGACUUCUUGAUUCGAACGCUAGAACAGUCUUUACAAUCCAGAUUUGGAGUUCAGGAAACCAAGUCCAAGAUGCUAAUUAAAUUGGGGGAUAAGAAUGAGAAAAUUAUAGAAAUAAGAGUCAGUAAAGCCCCCUCGCUCGUCACUAUUCAAUACAAUCUUUACCUCUCUACUAAUGCACAAGUUGCGCUUAUUGGCAAUGUCCCAAACACGUUAAAAACAAUGAACAGAUUUUUUGUUGAUGAACCCGUCCAACUUGACUCACACCAGAAAACAUUUCGUAAGGAUCAAGACUGUGAUCUUGGAGAAAAUGAGGUCAUUCAAUUCAAGCUCCUGAAAUCAGAUUCAUCUAAGCGCGUCACACUCGCAGAUCGUAUGAUUAGUAAAAGUAACAAAUUCAGUUGUUACGUAUCAGCGUUCGCUAACCACAGGGGUGGUCACAUUUACUAUGGUAUUGAUGAUGAUGGCGUUGUCCAGGGAGAGAAAACUGAAAACAUUUCCGAAAUUAAGAAGAAAGUUGAAAAAGCCAUCCAGAAGAUGAUCUGGCCUGACGUAAUUGGUCAGCCAAAACGAGGAGAACAGUGGGAAAUUUUCUUUGAACCAGUGCUGGACGAGAAGUCCAACCCUAUCCCAUCAACAUUUGUGAUCGCGAUCUUUAUCGCUCCUUGUUUUGGUGGAGUGUUCACAGAGGAACCAGAAAGCUAUGAAAUGCUGCAGGGAAAAGUUGAAAGAAUGUCGUUCGAAACUUGGAAGGCAAAACUACAGCCUGGUGGUCUAAACAAGAGAAAGCCAGUAAUUCCUUUGACAAUUAAACGUAUUUCAUUAAGUCCGGCAGCAGAAAAACGUUGCAUUGAGGUUAAUGAAGCUUUAACCGAAGACAUAAAUAACGUGAGAUGGAAAUCUUUUGCACAAUCGGCCAAGCGCUUUGAACAUCAAAAAUAUCCUGGGAAACUUGAAGUAAAGUUAAUGGUAUUUUUGAGGAAGUUGAUGGCAACUUAUCGACAAGGCAAAGAAGCGUCUAACUUGUUUAGUGAAUACCGAGGAUAUUUCUCGCGAGCAGGGGAACCUUUUGAAAGUCUUUUUCGUUUUUUGGAAAAUGUAGUGGCGCGUGUGUCUGACAAAGCUGCAACUGAAUCUCGGGAUAUCUCAACUGACGCUUUAGCCAUCGCGGAAAUGAUGGAACACGGGCUUCUUACUGCUGCUGCUCUUUUAAUUGCGGCUUUUGUGUAUGAUAGUCAAUACGAUAAAGGACCUUCGCCGGUGGAACUUUGUCUCAUGGCACUGGAACACCUGGAGUAUGUUAAAGACGCUACAGUGGCACGACCAGACAUGAUUCAUACUGCACAUAUCUUGUUAGCAGCAUAUCAUCUGGGAUAUAAUAUGUCAGGAAAGAUGAUCAAAGAAGACGUCGAUAAAGAGAGUCUUCAAAAAGCCAAAAUAAGUAUCAUGACAGUAAAUGAAUCAGAUUGUGAUGGGAAUCGACUUAUGCCAUAUAGGGAAAUUUGGUUAACAUUGGCACAGGCGAAACUUUACAAAAGGCGUGCACAACUCCAGCCUGAAAAGCAAACGAAAUUCCUCAGCGAUGCGUUUCAGUUGGCAAAGAAAGCUGAAAAACUCGCUAGAAAUUCUGGUCUCGUGGAAAUGGUUUGCUGGGCUCAGACUGCAAUUGCUUCUUGUACUGAGGCAUUAUUACGUACGACUUUACUGAAAACAUAAUCACCGACGAUAGAGUUACUCUACUAUUGAAAGAGUUAAAACAAAGUAUAAUGGCCCUAAAGUAUAUAUCAUAGGCGCCUCAAAUUUUAUACAAUCAAUUUUAUACAUAUAA